UUUCUCAAUAUGAUCGACAAUAUGUCAACGGUCGUUCAUCAAAAUUAUUUUCGUUGUGAUAAUGAUGUUGAUGAUAUUCAUCAUCAUCAUCGUCUUCAUCAUCAUAAUCGAGCUAAAACAACGACCGCAUUCGGAACAUCGACAUCGAUGCCCAUCAUUAACAUAAAACCAUCACAAUCAAAUCCUUAUCAUAAUCAUAAUGAACAAUUAUCAACCGUCAUAUCAUCAACAUCCUCAUUAAUAUUGCCAUCAACGCCUACCAAUGGCCCUCCUAUUUCAUCAAAAAUACCAAUAGCAAAGACUAAAUUAUCAUCAACAUUGCCACAAUUAUCAUUAUCAUCAACAUCAACAAAUACAUUGAAUUUUAUAAUGAAUACAUUUCAAUGUAAUAUCAAUCAAGAACAGGCAUGGGCGUUAAUCUAUCAAUCAACCAAAACAUUGAAUGAAUUGUUGAUUCAAUUCGAACGAAAUGAAACAAAAAUAAAUGGUGGUGAACUUUUGUUACGAAAGUUGACUUCAUUCUCACAAAUUAUAUUCGAUCAUAAUGGAAAUGUAUGCGAAUCAACAUGGACAAUUUCGAUUGAUAAUAAUGGGAAAAAAUUUAUGCCCACAACUAAUAAUAAUUCGGAAAAUGAUGAAAACGAUAAUGAUAUACUGUUAUUUACUAGAAACGAUGAUAAACGUUUGAUGAAUGAAUCAAUUAAUGGCUUGAUUGCUUCAUUAGCAACAAUUAUCUAUUCGGCAUUAGAAUGGAAUUGGAAAAAUUUCCAGCUGUCAUCCGAUCAAAAGAAAAAUAAUGAUAAUAAUGAUGAUGAUGAUGAAGAAGAAGAAGAAUUAGACCUUGAAGAAAGUCUUGAACUAUUAAUGCUUUCGAUGAUCCGUGGAUCUGAACAUAAAGAUCUUGUUGACGAAGGUUAUAUUGAUGCUAUGGAAGAAAGUUGUCUCAAUUGGGUUCUAGUCAAAUGUGAACAACAUUUUCAAACAUUGAUACAAUCUUCCGAAAAAAAUGCAACAAUAGAAAUGUUAUCGACCAAGAAUCAAUUAGGUGUUGAUUAUUAUUAUCAAACUAUUUGUAAGAUGAUGAUGGAUGAGGCUAUUAAAUUAAGUAAAUUAGUCAAUCAAUUUUAUGAUCAAACAAUACCAAAUCGACAAUUGAACAAAUUAUUUGAUUCAUCUAAUCUAUCAACAUCUUCGUAUCAGCAAUUGGAUACAGAAAGUCUUAAAAUUUGGGCACAAACCUGGAUAAAAGUUAUGUCUGAACUUCGAUUUGGUGUCCGUCUUCGACCAGUUCCUCUAAAUGAUGAUCAUAUUCACAAUGAUAAAUCAAAACUAGUGGAACAAAAAUCUUCCAUCAAAAAUAACGAAUUGUUAAAACAUAUCGAAAAUAUUCGUGAAAAUCUACGAAAAGCAGCUUAUCAUAAUAAUGAUGAAUACGGACCAUCAUCGUUACAAUCAUUACCAGUAAUGUUUACACAAGAAUCAAUUGCUGAAAAAUUGAAAAAUUUAAAACCUCCUUCCGAAAGACGUAAUCUACCGAAAUCAUCAAAAUUUUUUCAAAAUAAUGAACCAUGUCUUCAUGAUCGUUUAAUGUCGGCUAUUCAAAAUUUUGAUCAAAGUCGAUUACGUUCGACUCAAACUCAAGUGAAACCUGAUAUACGUAAACUUUAUCUUUUGGAACGUGAACAACGACGAUUAUGGCAGCGACAAAAACAUUGCAAAUCUCUUUGGAAUAUAUAUGGUGUUAAUGAUAAUAAAAAUCCAGAGGAAACAUUUAAAAAGACGCCAACCAUUAAACGAAAAAUGUUUUCACCGGAUCCUCGUAAACCAUUAUCUAGGACAACAAAUUAUUCAUGUCAAACAGCACCCAGAUCUCUUAUCAAUUCUAUUCGUCCUGCAUUAUCGCUUAGUCAUUUGAUCAUGAAUGAUUCGACAAUGGCCUAUCAUAAAUCAAAUAUGAAUAUUCAAAAUCAAUAUCAACAGCAACAAUCACAAGAAAAGAACAAAAAGAAACGAUUAUCAUUAAAAGAAAACAAUAUUCAUCAUCAGAUUUUAAUACGAACAUCGACACCGAAAUCUCGUGACAACAAUGAUAUGAAUAAUAGUUCACCAAAUUUUGAAAUAAUUAAUGAUUCGAAUUUUAUUCAUUCGAAUGACGUAAUACAAUCGCCUGUGUUAUGCAAUAGCUAUGAAAGUUUACUAGUCAAUAAUACUAAUUCCAUUUGGAACAAUGAAAAUGAUGAUACUUUUUGCAAAAGUAUUUGUCAUCAUAAUCCUCGUAAAAAUCGAUCUUCAUUGCAUAUAAAACAAUCGGAACAAUUAUUAUACAUCGAUGAUGAUGAUCAACAACAACAAUUGAAUCAUAAUCCAUUAUUUCGUAGAAGUUUCAUACGAAAACCAUUGACUGCUAAUUAUGCAAUGUCCAAAACAUUUCAUCAACAAAAUGAACAACCACGAAGGUCACGUUGUAGUUCAUUUUCUGUGUUACCAAAACCAACGGAUAAACUAAAGAAUUUUGAUUAUUCUGAUCCAACAACGCCAACCUCAACAACAGAUUUCCUUGGAUUUCGUUCAUUCAUGAGAAAAUCACCAUUUCGUUCAUCAUUAAGUCUUGUCUGGUCGAAAAUAUUCGGAUCACCGAAAGAAAAUUCACAACCGGAAGAAUUAUCUUCCGAUAAAUUAAAACAAGAUUAAUUGAUUUAUUGCAACAAUUAACAUUACAUAUCUUUAAUUUGAUAAUUUGAUUUUUGUCUUGUACAGAAAAAAAAUAAUAUUUGUCGAUUAA